UAGAAAGAAAUGGGGAGAAAUUAAUGUAAAAAGUGAGUUAGGAAAAGGAAGUAAAUUUUGGUUUACAUGGAAUGUCGAGCUAUUAUCAAUCGCUCUCCCAUUAUUAAAUACACAAUUUGAUCAAAUGAUUGAGGAUGCGAGAAAUGCAAUGCUGAAAUAUUUUAAAAGUAUCAAAGUAGAUGCAUUUGAUACCUUUGAUAAAGGUAUUAGAGCAGCAAAAGAAUAUAAAGAAUUGAAUAAUCAAUCUGACUAG